AUGGCCCUGAGCCUUGAUGUUGUCCGUAACAUCAUCGAACAACUCGGCGCGGACGAACAGCUGCGCACCCUGCUGGCCUUGAGCUGUACCUGCAAGACAAUCUGCUGCUAUGCGCUGAACGCGCUGUGGCACAAAAUGUCAACUCUCGUCCCUUUACUCAGAUGCCUGCCACCUGAUGUUUGGGCGCAGGACGAGCUGGGUGAAUGGAUGCUGGUCAGACCGCCUUGGAAAGAGAACGAUUGGCAACGAGUACACGAGUAUGCCGCUCGCAUCCAGGAGAUUUACGUGUCUGAGCAAGGAUUGCCUGGGCUGGACGUCUUGCCGCACCUGAGAAUCCACUUACCUCGCGACACUAUCCUUUUUCCUAACCUCAGAAUCCUCUAUUGGAAAGGGACGGACCGGACAGACUUGUUUCACUAUUCCUCUCUACUCCUCGGCCCGUCGAUCACCGACUGCUCACUGGAGUCCAAUGUGCAUGGCGUGGUUUCUACGCUGCACGAGAUGACACGAUACUGUCCGAACAUAAAACGCCUGUACAUUUCCACUUCCUCUGUCGACGUCUCUGCCAUCGUAGCAACAUAUGCCAACCUGACAUCAUUCAAGUUUUUCACCCAUACGCCGUCUGCGUCAAUUGGUGAACCAGGCCUUCGUUAUCUGGGCUCGUUGAAUGGUCUGUCAGAGUGGAUCACGAACUCGCCUUUGGAGCAAGAGUCCCUGCGAAAUAUUACUGCAGAAGAGUUGAGAUCGUUCUUCCCUUCCCUCCAGAUCCUCAAUCUUCGCGGCACGGACUUGCAUGCGGUGACGAGACUCUUACAACACAUGAAGUCGCGACAAUUGCGCAAAUUUACUUACACGUUCGCGCCAACGCUGCGUUUCCCUCUACCUGAGGAUGCGGUCGUUCGCUUGACUGAUGCGCUAGCGUCGUACGUUCAGCUUGAUGAUCUCUUCUUGUCGGCCGCCAACCACGGCCUGCGUGCCCCUUUUGCCGCAUUGGAAGGACUCACCUUACUACCGAUACGCAGAAUAUGCCUGCAGAACGUAGUCGCCAACAAUGAAUUAAACAACGAGUCUAUCAAAUGGCUAACCCAGAGCUGGCCGGAUUUGGAGUGGUUCUACUGUUGCAACAACGACACUCCGGUCGCUCCACGUACCGCUGUCUCCCUUCCUACGCCCGAGAUCUUCUGCCACUUCGCGCAGAAGUGUCCGCGCCUUGCACAUCUUUAUCUUACCGUUGACACGACCCAGGCGGCCGUACCCGUCCCAAACAAGCCGCUCCCAUGCUCGCCAAACCCUCUGUAUUUCCACCCGCACGCGUCGUUGCUCUCGUGCCGACGGGAUUUAUGGCACAUGCUCGAGUACAUCACCAAGAUCUACCCCAAGCUCGCCCUGCGGCUCAGCGACGACAUCGCAUUCUCGGACCCGGAUACUAUCGAAAUCCUCGACGAGAUCGAAGCGUGGAUUCCCGAGAUUGUGCAGCGCAGGGCGACUGAAAGACGGCUGGAUGGGGCUUGUGGGUCCACGAGCAUGGCCGAUAGAAGGUAG